CAAUAUUAGUAUUUAUAACAGUAACUAUCAGUUCACUGCGAACUAGUAGUUCAUUCAAGUUCACAAUAUUUUGUUAGUACGGUUUUAACAAGAGGAAGUUGCGGCAUUUAUUUAUUAGCAAUUAAAUUGUAAGCUUCGCAUGCCAGCUUUAAGGAAUCACGAUUAUGACUGCACCGUCAAGUGCCGCCAAGUACAGCAUGGCAAUUGCAUCACUGCGGCGCUCACCAAACGCUCCAUUGAGGAUCAGCCGCUGGCGGCAUUUGUAGCCAAGACGUGUGCCAAUUUUGCAAAUAUUACGGAUUAUCUGGGCCGUUCCGCCGUGCACAUGUGCGCUUCCGUGGCACGCUACAGAAUACUAGAGUGGCUGCUGAACCAUGGCGCCCCCAUUAAUGAGCCGGACUCUGAGUCCGGCAGCAGCCCGCUGCAUCGGGCUCUGUACUACGGCUGCAUUGACUGCGCCGUGCUGCUGCUGCGCUACGGCGCCAGCCUGGAACUGCUGGACGAGGACACGCGCUGUCCGCUGCAGGCAAUAUGCCGGAAAUGUGAUGUGGAUGGCAACGCCGAAUCGCACAAUGAGGCGCUUGUCUGGGGCUCCAAUAAGAACUAUAAUCUGGGCAUUGGCAAUGAGCAGAAUACACUCACACCGCAGGCCUUGGAUUUCUUUCGCAAAUCGAAUCUGUGGCUGGAGCACGUGGCGCUGGGCGCCUAUCACAGUCUGUUCUGCGACAAGCGCGGUCAUCUCUAUGCCGUGGGUCACGGCAAGGGCGGCCGCCUGGGCAUUGGUCAGGAGAACAGUCUGCCGGCGCCCAAACGUGUCAAGCUGCCGCUCAAGCACAACGACGAGCGCAUCAUUUCCCUCAGCGUAUCCCGACAGCAUUCGCUGCUGCUCACCAAUCGAUCGCUGGUCUAUGCCUGCGGCAUCAACGAUACCCAUCAGCUGGGCGUGCGUGACGCCGGCGAGCAUCUGACCACAUUCAAGGAGGUGGUCGCGCUGCGCGACAAGGGCGCCAGCGAUCUGUUGCGGGUGAUUGCCUGCGAUCACCAUUCGAUUGCGUAUAGCAGCCGCUGUAUCUAUGUUUGGGGUGCCAAUCAGGGUCAGCUGGGCAUUAGCUGCAAUACCAGGACAAUUGUGGCGCCCGUAUUGAUGAAGCUGGCGGAUCGCACAGUCAUACGCUUCGUGGAGGCCAACAAUGCGGCCACGGUCGUCUACACCGCGGAGAAGCUCAUACUGCUCUUCUAUGCCGACAAGCCCAGAACCCUAAAGACGCCCAACUAUGAGGAUCUCAAGAGCAUCGCUGUGAUGGGCGGCAAUCUGAAGAACUCCGUCAAAGGCUCCGUUGCGGCGCUCAAGUUGAUGAUGUUGACCGAGACGAAUGUGGUCUUCCUCUGGUACGAGAAUACGCAACAGUUCUACAGAUGCAAUUUUGCGCCCAUACGAUUGCCCGCAAUCAAGCGCAUACUCUACAAGUGCAACCAGGUGCUGGUGCUCUCCAUGGAUGGCUGCGUCUAUCGCGGCAAGUGCAAUCAAUUGGCUUUGCCGUCGGGUGCACAGGAGAAGCCCAAGGCCAACAAGGACAUCUGGCAGAACAACGAUCAGCAUCGCACGGAAAUCUCAAGGGAGCACUAUGUCCGCAUCGAUUUGCAGCGUGUGCCGAACAUCGAUCGCGCCGUGGACAUUGUCUGCGACGAGAGUUUCGCCUCUUUUGCCGUGCUCCAGGAAUCGCAUCUCAAGUACUUUCGCAAGCCCGCACUGCCGCGCCGCGAGCACAACUUCAAGAAGCUCUACCACGACACCAGCGAAGCGGAUGCCGUCCAUGACAUAGUAUUUCAUGUGGAUGGCGAAAACUUUGCGGCGCACAAGUUUAUUGUCUUUAGCCGUGCGCCGGGCCUGCGCGAGCUGGUGCUCUGCUAUCUGGACAAGGAUAUCUACUUAAAUUUCGAGAACCUGACGUGCAAAAUGUUUGAGCUGGUGCUCAAGCACAUUUACACCAACUACUGGCCCACAGAGGAUGAUAUCGACUGCAUGCAACAGAGUCUAGGUCCGAAGAGUCCGGCGCAGCGCAGCCGCGUCUGUGAAAUGUUUCACACGCAUCUGGAGAAAUUUCAGCUACACGAGCUGGCAAAAUAUGUGCAAAGUUACAUUACGGAGCAACAGUUGCCGCUGCGCGUCAAGCAGCGUUUUGGUCGUCUGCAGCGCUCCCAUCAUCCGGAGCUCUACGACAUACGCAUCGUUUGCGAGGAUGGGCAAGUGCUGGAGGCGCACAAGUGCGUUCUGGUGGCGCGUCUGGAGUAUUUUGAGAUGAUGUUUAUGCACUCGUGGGCGGAGCGUAGCACGGUCAACUUUGAUAGCGUGCCCGUUGAGUAUAUGGAGCCCGUGCUGGACUAUCUGUAUAGCCUGGACACUGAGGCAUUUUGCCGGCAAGACUAUACGGAAACGUUUCUAUACAAUAUGAUAACGCUGUGCGAUCAAUACUUUAUUGAAUCGCUGCAGAACGUCUGCGAAUCCCUGAUUCUGGACAAGAUCAGCAUACGCAAGUGCGGCGAGAUGCUCGACUUUGCGGCCAUGUAUAAUUGCAAACUGCUGCAGCAGGGUUGCAUGGAUUUCAUCUGCCAGAAUCUGGCCCGGGUGCUCUGCUACCGGAGCAUCGAGCAGUGCGAAUCGAGCACCUUGCAGCGCCUCAACGAGCACUACCGCAAGAUGUUUCAGACGGUCUACGAAUAUCGCCAGAUAACGCCCUUCUCCGAGGCCAUUGAGGAUGAGCUGCUGCUCAGCUUUGUGGACGGCAGCGAAGUUGAUUUGGAUUAUCGAAUGGAUGCGGAUGCCAAGCUGAAGGAGGUUGCCAAGCACAAGCAGAAGGAGCUGCACAACAAGCAGGAUGCGCGGCACUAUGAGCAGCAGGCCAUAUCCCGAAUGCUGCGUACGCUGAGCAUAAGUGCAUCCGAUGCCGAAGCAUCGCCGAAAACAGCAGCUGCAGCUGCUGCAGCUGAGACCGCCAACUGGUCGCGCGUUGUGGACAAAAAGGAGCAGAAACGCAAACUGGCCGAGACGGCGCUGAAAGUCAACAAUGUGCUCAAGCAGGAGGAGCAGCCCUCGCCGGACUUGGUCGCAAUAUCGCCACGUGCUCCGCCAGUAAAGGAAUCAACGCCCCCGCUGCCAGCCGUCAGUCCCACGGAGUGCAGCACGCCAUUGAGCAAAAGCUAUAAUCUGGAUCUGAGCACGCUGUUGCCACAAGCCCAAAAGCUGUCCCAGAAACAGCGCAAGCGUCUAUCCUCUGAAUCGCAGCAGCAGCAGAGCUGGCGCGCCCAAAGCUCAGUUCAGCCGCUGGAGCCGAGCACGCCCGUCGCCGUGCCGAAUGCGUGGGGCGUAACCGGCACAUCGCCCCCAGCAUAUGGCGAGCCCUUUAGCUCACCAACAGCUGCGACGGGCAGCAGCUCGGAUCCCACCUCCUUUGCCAAUAUGAUGCGUGGAUCAGAGCCGGGCAACAGUUUCUCCCAGAUCGUGGCCGAUGAGCGUCGCCAACGAGAGAGCUACGAGCGCAUGCGCAACAAAUCUCUGGUCCAUACCCAAAUCGAGGAGACGGCCAUUGCCGAGCUGCGCGAAUUCUAUAAUGUUGACAACAUUGAGGACGAGACAAUUACCAUAGAGCGCAAGUCCAGGCCCAGCACCAUUAACUUUUCCACCUGGCUGAGGCAUUGAGCUGACAAUUUCUUUGCC